CACUGCUCACGUCAUCAGGCUGCGUCCUCAAUUUUAAAACGUGCGCCGCUUCGUCCGCUUGAGUACAGGGAUAAACAAAACAAUUUAUACAUAUUUAAGUAAAUCUAGAUAAAAUAAAACAUUUGAGACGACAUGGACGACGAGGAGGAAACAUACAGACUGUGGAGGAUUCGCAAAACCAUCAUGCAGUUGUGCCAUGACAGGGGCUACCUGGUGACACAGGACGAGUUGGACCAGACGCUGGAUGAGUUCAAGAGUCAGUUUGGAGACAAACCCAGUGAGGGUCACCCCAGACGCACAGACCUCACUGUGCUGGUGGCACAUAACGAUGACCCCACCGACCAGAUGUUUGUUUUCUUUCCUGAGGAGCAAAAGGUGGGAAUUAAGACAAUUAAGAUGUACUGUCAGCGAAUGCAGGAAGAGAACAUCACACGGGCCAUCAUUGUUGUGCAGAUGGGCAUGACGCCCUCAGCCAAACAGUCUCUGGUUGACAUGGCACCCAAGUACAUACUGGAACAGUUUCUACAACAGGAGCUGCUUAUUAACAUCACAGAGCAUGAGCUUGUUCCAGAGCACAUAGUCAUGACAAAAGAGGAAGUGACUGAACUUUUGGGCAGAUAUAAAUUAAAAGAGAGUCAGUUGCCGAGGAUCCAGGCAGGAGACCCUGUGGCUCGUUACUUUGGCUUAAAAAGAGGACAGGUAGUAAAGAUCAUUAGACCCAGUGAAACAGCUGGGAGGUACAUCACAUACAGACUGGUCCAGUGACAGGUGUUUUUCUGGGUCGACAUUUAGGAGGAAGACUGAAGAUGUUAAAUCUGAAAUCCUGGAUUGUUCUUUGUUAUUCCUGUUUUGUUAAAAUAUUUCGUUAUUAGAUUUUGUAAAAUAAAUAAUUCAAUAUGAAAA